AUGACUACAAUGACGGGCAAGACUAUGGCAAUAAUUGGUUGUGGAACUAUGGGCGGUGCAAUCUUAUCAGGCGUGCUUGAAUCAACAGCCAAAUCACAAUUGGCUGGAGAGAAGCCAAGGAUAGAACACUUCAUUGCAACUGUUCAAAGUCAAAGCUCCGCGCAAGGAUUGCGAAACAAGUUUUCCAAGUACGGCGAAUCGUUGGAAGUUUUGCAGGCAGACAAUGUAUCCGCGAUGCGCAAGGCUGACAUUGUGAUGCUGGCGUGCAAACCUUAUAUGGCGGACACCGUCCUCCAAGCCGACGGCGUACGUGAAGCUCUGGAGGGGAAGUUGGUCAUUAGUGUACUUGUGGGAUCGCCCCCGGAGAAAUUAUCGGCUUCAAUUUACCACGCUGGCCCGAGACGGAAAGACGAGGCCGAGUUCUAUAUCAAGAGAGUGAUGUUGAAUAUUGCCGCCAAUUUGGGACAGUCCAUCUCCGUCAUUGAGACGACUUCCAUGCCAGAUGAAUUUGAGGAGAUCUCAGAUUGGAUCUUUCAACAAGUUGGCAAGACCGCGCCUGUUGCCCCAGAGCUGUUUGAUGUUGGAGGCGUCAUGGCUGGAGUAUCAGGUGCAUUGUUCACGGUUGCUUUUGACGGGAUUCUAGAUGGGGCAGUGAAGCAAGGUUUGAAGCGGGCGGAUGCGAAGAAGAUGCUGACGCAGUCUAUGUUUUCCGUUGCUGCUUUGCUGGAGAGUGGUGAACAUCCUGCUGUGUUGAGGGAGAAAUAUUCUAGUCCGCGUGGAACCACAAUUGAGGGGUUGUUAUCUUUAGAAGAGGAUAGAGUUAGAUAUGCUUUUAGCAAGGCUGUGAUUGCUAGUUCCAAACGGAGUGAGGAGAUUGGGAAAUAG